AUGAUUCGCCUCUCGCCUACCGCAAUCGUACUUGGGGAAAGCGAUGUGCGAGACUUCUUACAACGCGAGAGUCAACGGAGAGUAGAAGCACAGCUUGCACUUCUAGAGUCACUGACCGUCGACCCUCAUAGUGAGGACUUACGCAACUUCAGGCCUCAAAACCGCCGGCAGACCCAUGCCACUUCGACUCCUGUCAGAAGGAAUGAAUGGAAAACUCGACAGCCGAGCAUAUCUAGCAACCUUAACAGUCCACCCAGACAAGCAAGCAUUGCAACGGUUCUCGAGCGUGCAGAGUGCUCUGAAUCGUCAGAACCACACCCACAUUUCAAUGAUAAUGAGUCGUCGACUGAUUCAGCUGAUGACGAGCACGAACAGAGGUCUUGUCUUCAAUCAAACCGAACCGACUCUCGACUACCAGCGACCAAUUCCCCAGAGAAAGAGGACGAUUUUCAUUAUGGGGGAUUUACGGAGAGUCCCAGCCAAAAUAACAACUCCGCAACAUCAUCAUCUUUUGGUCCGGACGAUUUCUCAACUCCUCAACACCUCCAUCCUAUGGAUAUUAGAAGCACAAGGCCCAAGCCGCCACUACCUCGAUCACCACUGUAUCUAUCUCAGAAUAUUUCAAUGUCCCCUGAGCCUCGUCCUAUCACCGCACUUACUCCACGGGUAGUUUCUCGAGUCGCUUCGCACAACAGCCCAGGCAUAAUUUUCUCAGUUCCUCCACGAAGACCGCCACGGAUAUCUCCUAGGUUUCGGCAUCAAACGAACAGUUUCUCAUUUGAUGACUCGGAGAGAUCGAGUGCCGCGUAUGAGCAGCAACGUGCGUCUUCUGGGUCCAUGGACGAGACCACACCACGGCCAGAUGAUACAGUGAGCUUACAUGAAGAACUGAGAGACAGCUCUUUGCGCAGCUCUGCAACAAUAUCUAUCAGAGAAGAUACUCUGGGUGCACAAGAGGAGCCACGAGAAAGUACCCAGCGCAACCCGGUCACUUCAUCUGUUAGGGCUGUCAUCAUUCCGCAUUCUCAAGAAGGCAUUAAACAUCAUGUUAGCCGGCGCAAUAGAGAAAUCAUCUUCUCUUCACCGCGACUCACAGAAAGCGACGAAGAAGAAAUUGACGACGACUCCCCAGAAACAAGGUCCUCACCGAACCUACCUCUACCUCCUCCGUUUUCGUCAGCUCGAAGAAGUGCUUCAAACUCGGAAGCAUUACCAGGGAGUUAUGGACGCCCAAGUCUUGGAGCUAGUCCAGCGGACAUGCCCUCUUCCUCGCCAGACCACAGCGUGGAGCAACAAUUGGUGAUUCGAGGUUCCAGCCAACUUGACCGUAAUGACAGCCCUCAGAUAUUGGCAACACGGGGAUCCUCACCAUCCAGUCGUAUAAGCAGCACCGGCCAAUUGAUAGCUCGUGUAGUUUCAACUUAUAGAGCUCAUUCGCCGUUGAGAAGCCUCGGAAGCCGAACCCCUUCCCCAUUCCAGCAUUCUUCGCCCUUAUCAGCCUCUCCAACUCCUAGAAUCGACUCACAUGGUACGCCACGAGAUUAUCGAGUGUACAAUGAUGGUCUUUCACCAAGUACCCAGCCUCAAACGCCGGCCCACCUGCCCGAGUCUCGUCACCGAUCUCGGUUCCAUCCAUUUUGGACAGAGCCUACCAACCGGAUUGCCAGCUGGCGUGGCCGAUUGGGAGGGUUGUCUGGAAACCACGAUGGAGCGGGAAGCGGGACUUCAGAGCAACGGGCUGGCAUAUUUGCAACGCCGUCUCGAAGAACUGGUGUUAGACGUUCAGGCUCCCCAGAUGGCAUGACCGGACGAGGUUUUCAGGGCCUCUACGGGGGUCGCGAGAAUGGCGACGAUGAGCGAAGUUGGCUGGAAGGGGUGAGAUUUGACAACGCCGAGACUAGAUUGUGGGGUAUUGGAGAUGCUGGGACCACCGAUGAAAGAGUGCUCAACGACACACCGGAGAGGGAAGAUUGGAGACUCAACAUCCGGUGA